AAAUGCUCACAGAUCUUCACACAAAGAGUCUCUCACGUUGCCGAUUUUGUUUGUCAAAUUGACGCAAUGUCUCAAGUGAUCGUGCCAUCCGACCUAGACCUGGUUUCAUCGGAGGAUGUGAUGGGAGCGGUGGUGGAACAAUUCUGCGGAGUACCGGACCAGAGAGCCAAGAGGAUUGUUCCUGUGCUAUUAGAGAAUUUUAACUUCAGCGUGGUAAUUGGAAAGCUAAUGGACACUUUGCUGUCAAAACUAUACACCGCCUCGAACCUAACACAAGAGAAUGGAAACGAUGUUUUCACAAAAUACCCAGAGAUGGCAGCACUGUUGCCUGUCAUACAAAGCAACAUGGCCGACUUGAGCAGCACUUUCGCUAACGAACCUUUGUUCCAUAGUUUGCAGAAUUUCAGUUCAAUUGGUAACUUGCUUGCUGGAUCGGAUUUCAUGGUGGAUGCCGGUAGAAUGCUCUGCGGGAAACCGUUCCAAGCUAGUGUACCUCGUCUACUGAAAGGUUUCCUGAAUAAUGAAGAUCACUCUAACGGGCCCAGCCAAGCACAGCUCGACGUUCUACCAACCGAUUUCUGCAGGAGUCUGUACACUGACAUCACGAAAGUCGAGGGAGGGAAAAUUGUGUGGAGUUUUAUAAAGCCGCUCAUAAUGGGAAAGAUAUUGUACACUCCGGUUAAUCCGACAGUAAAUAUGAUUAUUGGAAAGGCGAACGCGACCUUCGAAACAAUGAUAAAAAUGAUGAACUUAGUUCAUUCGUUCGCCGCCACCUUCCCCUCCCUGGAGACAAUGCUGGACCACAGACACGGACUAUUAGUCCUCAAAACGCUGGUCACCGAUCCCAAGUUUGAAGGACUUAGAAAUAUGAUCAUAGGAGACGUGGGCGUUCCAGAUUUGGAUGUUGAUGGCAUCUUUGACCAGUUAGGAGACUUAAAGGGUAUCGGUAGUCUACUGUCCAAAGCAUCAGAUCUCCUCCACUGCUUCAACAUGAACCGAUUCAAGCCCUCAACGGACGAAGAAGGGAUGACAAUCGAAGCCGCCAGACUGUCGCAACUCGACGAAUUUUCAGCUGGUAUCGUGUUCAUGAACACGAAACAACAAAAUGGUUCUCUCUCGAAUGUGGAGUAUAAGAUUAGAAUGGAUUACGAAAAUGUUCCCGCAACGCGAUGGACGAAGAAUUAUCUCUGGAUCCCGGGACCCGAGUCCAGCUUCGUAGAGGAGAUGCGUUACUUCCGGGGCUUCGUUCAGAUCCAGGAUAUGAUCGACCGCGCCGUCAUCCAGCUCUCGAGGAAGAGACACAAGCGGGACGCUGAGGAUGAAGUGGACUGGGCGAUGUACACGCAACAGGAGCCAUACCCGUGUUACAGGAAAGAUUUAUUCCAAACGUCCCUCUACGAGUCGCAGGCGCUGAUCGUGGCCUUCUUCUUCUCGCUCGUGUUCACCGUCGCUUCAGCCAUAAGGUUCAUAGUUUCCGACAAAGAGUCCGGCAACACUAUGUUGAUGUACGUGAUGGGCGUGGAGGUGCGGUGGCAGUCGCUGUCGUGGGCGGCGUGCACGGCGGCGGAGCUGGCUGUGAGCGCGUGCGGCGCGGCGGCAGUUCUGCACUUCGGCCACGUUCUGCCGCACUCAGACCCCACGCUGCUGCUGGUGCUGUUGCUCAUAUUCGUCGUCUCCGUGCUCAGUUUCUGCUACAUGAUGUCUAAGCUGUUCUCCUCGGCGAGUCUAGCGGCGGUGUGCACUGCGCUGACCUACAUGAUCACUUUCAUGCCCUUCGUUCUCAUCUUGUCCCUGGAGGCUGUCAUGAACAGCCAGUUGAAGAUGUUAGUGUGUCUCUCGAUGUCCUCGUCGCUCUGCUACGCGUUCCUGCUGGUGACGCGGCGGGAGGCGGCGGGGGGCGGCGCGGAGUGGGGGCACGUGUGGGAGGCGCCGGGGGAGGGGGACAUGAGCAUCGGCCUCGCGGCGCUCAUGAUGAUCUUCGACACGUGCCUCUAUCUGUUCAUUGGAUGGCUCAUAGAUAAAUAUUUCGGUAUGCAGACCUUACAGAGCAACAUCACCAAUUGCCAUACCACAGACGAGAAGGCCGGCGUUAGUAUACUGAACGUUACCAAGAUCUAUGGCGAGGGAAGCCGUCGCCCCAAGCUGGCUCUGGACAACGUUUCCAUUGAACUACAAAAAGGCCAGAUCACCACAUUACUGGGACACAAUGGCGCUGGGAAAACAACUUUGAUUAAAAUCUUAAUGGGAAUGCUGAAGCCGACUAAGGGCCACAUCAUAGUGCGCUCGGACCGCGGCGGCGGCACGGAGCUGGGCGUGUGUCCGCAGAAGGACGUGCUGUUUGAGUACAUGACCGCGGAGGAGCACAUCCAGCUGUACGCGCAGCUCAAGACCGGCCUCGGGCCGCGGGAGGUCCAGGAUGAGGUCGACAGGAUGAUCCGGGCGCUCUCCCUGGAUAGCCAGGUCCGCCAGGCGGUGUCGCGGUGGUCGGGCGGCGCGCGGCGGCGGCUGUGCGUGGCGCUGGCCUUCCUCGGGGACCCGCGCCUCGUGUCGCUCGACGAGCCCACCAGCGGGGUCGACCCGGCCGCAAGAAGGGAAAUCUGGUCAAUGAUCGUGAAGCUGAAAGAGGACCGGACGAUCCUCCUCACGACGCAUCAUCUCGACGAAGCGGAGUUGCUGAGCGACCAAAUCGUCAUCAUGCAUAAGGGCCAAGUCCACACAACAGGCUCUCCGGUGGAGAUAAAACGCACCCUGGGCAACGGGUAUAAGCUAACUGUGGUCUUCCCCGAGACGACCUGCGAAGAUCGCCCUGAAGACCUGGACGAGAAGACCAAACAACUGCUCUCUACCGUCAGGGAUGACGUCAAGAACGCCAACAUUGUCGAUGUUAACGACACUGAUGUGGAGAUUCUACUGCCUUUCUACGACGCUGACGGACUUAGCAAUGACCUACAUCGCCUAUGCUUGAACUUGGAGUCCCAGCAGCCAAUCCUCGGCUAUAAGACCUACGCCAUGGACUGCAGCAGUCUCGAGCAGGUGUUCUGUGACAUCUGCACUCAAGCCGACCUAGGAGCAUCUCAGACUGACGAGUCGAAAUACGUAUCCAUAGAGUCUCCAUCCGAGGCGUCGGCCAGCACGAGGUCUCGUGGGGGGCGGGCGGGGGGCGCGGUGCGGGGUGCAGUGCGCGGGGAGGGCGCCCUGCGAGCCUCGUGCCGGGAGAUGUUCGCGGCCCUCAUGUACGCGCGGUACUUGCAUCACGUCCGGAAUAGAUGGUUAAUGUUCAUGUUACUACUCCUGCCGUCGGUUUUCGUAACAGUAGCUAUGGGAUUCUCGUCUUUAAGACCGCCGGCUGUCAAAGAAAUAGCUCUAAAAUUAAAUGCAGACCUGUACGAAGGAUCUACGCAGUAUAUUGUGCUGCAGCCGUCUACGUAUGAGAACAACGACGAAAAGUACGUAGGGUUCGGCGUUGACGUCCUCCAGAACAUAGCUGGCGGUAACAACGUGACCACGUGGACUAGUAAGGACAAUCCUUCGUGCACGUGCAACAUAACGCGGCAGAUCUGCGACGUAGACCCGGCUGCGGUCAGCACGCCGGCCAUGAUGGCGCUACCUGAUGUGGAUACACUCAACGAAUGGCUGCUGACUUCACACGAAAUAUACAUUGAGAAGAGAUACGGCGGCUUCUCGUCGACAGUCAGAGACAACAAGACAAACUUCAUAACGUGGUACAACAACAAGGGUCAUCACGCGCUACCGUCAUAUCUCAACGUCAUGAACAACGCCAUCUAUCGGACGGUGAGCGGUAACCGUCGUGCAAACAUCACAGUAUACACACAUCCAUUGAAGAUAUCCAGUGAAAAGAUCAACAAAGCCACUUUGUAUCAGCACAUAGCAGACGCCGGCAUAUCGAGCCUGGUGCUGGUGGCGUACGGGCUGGUGAGCGCGGGCGCGGGCGUGUGGCUGGUGGCGGCGCGCACUUCGCAGCAGAAGCGACUCCAGCUGCUCUGCGGAGUCUCUCCGCUCAUGUACUGGACCGCUGCACUCACUUGGGAUGUCAUUAUCAUCUUCAUAAAUAUGAUAAUAACGGCGAUGGUAAUGUUGGCGUUCGGCUUCCCCGUGUUCGUGGCGAAGAACAACUUGCCGGCGAUAUGCGUACUCAUUAUGUUAUAUGGAUUUGCGUGCGGUAACCUCGUCCAUCUGUUGGAGAAGCUGUUUACGGAAGCUAGCCUAGCCAACAUGGUGUUGUUCUGCGCGAAUUCCUUGCUGGGGCUCGCCGGGAUGACGAUACUUCUCAUACUCGACAUCAUAUCGGAUUCCGACGCAACAGACAACGCUCGGUGGAUCUUACACAAGAUAUUCUUGAUAGCUCCACAGUUCGCGCUGGGUGACGGAUUACUGGAAAUAGCCAAGAACACUAUUCAGUCGGAGGUCUUAAGCCGUUUCGGUAUGGACACGUAUCAAGAUCCGUUUAGGUCCAGUUUGCUGAGACUCCACGUGUUGGCGCUGGUAGUGGUAGGCGGAGCCCUCUUCCUACUCAACCUGGCCAUCGAGUACGAUUGCUUCGAAAUAUUUCUUGGCAGGUUGAGACGCGAGAAAAUGCCGCAGACAAACUACGAAGAAUUGGAGCCCGUGGAAGUCGCUGAGGAGAGGAAGAAGGUGCGAGCAGCACUGUUGCACUCCGCUCAGGGACACAUCCGGGUCAACACCAUCGGCAAUAUUAAUAGGGGCUACGUGCAUACGGAGUGCGACGGCAAGCGUGUGCGGCGGGCGGCGCGUGGUGGUGGCGCCGGCGUGGCGCAGUGUGUGCGGCUCGGCAAGAUGUACCGCCGCCCAGCGCUCGUGGACCUCACGCUCUCGCUGCCUGAGGGACAGUGCACAGCGUUACUCGGAGAGAACGGCGCUGGUAAAUCCACGACCUUCUCGAUACUGACCGGGGAGAUCCGACCUACUGCCGGUGAAGUGUACCUCAAUGAACAGAAGAUGACCCCUAGGAAACUCUGUCAAGGACUUAUAAGUUACUGUCCACAAAGCGACGCUAUAGACCCCCUGCUGACGGUCAGAGAGAUCCUGUCCUUCUACUGCCAGUUAAGAGGAAUAAAUGACCAGGACGAUGUAAUAAAAAGAACAUUAGCGAUGUUUGAAUUGAAUUCAUACAGUGACGUGCUGAGUGGAAAUCUUAGUGGCGGAAACAAAAGGAAAUUGUGCACCGCUAUUGCAUUCAUGGGAAGAAAUCCGCUUGUCCUACUCGAUGAGCCGACCAGCGGUAUGGACGCGUCGUCGGGCGCGGCGGUGUGCGAGCGGGCGCGCGAGUGCGCGGGCGAGGGCCGCGCCGUGCUCGUGGCCACACACGCGCUGCGGGACGCGAGACGUCUGGCCGCGCGCAUCGCGCUCCUGCGGAAGGGACGCCUCGUGGCUCUAGCGCCGCUACACGACUGUCUACAGAGGUUCGGCGGCGGGCACGUGGUGGAGUGCCGCGCGCCGGGGGCGGCGGGGGUCGCGUGGGGGUCCGUACGGGCGCGCGCCCCCGCCGCCGUGCUACGCGUGCUGCACGCACACACGCUGCAGUUCCUGCUACCCAAUUAUGUUACAGUUAACGAGAAGGAGACACCGAUACGACUCAGCGAUAUAUUCCGUUUGAUGAACGAACUGCAGACUGCCGGUGAAAUUGAGGACUACACAGUGAACCAGAGCUCGCUGGAACAGAUGUUCCUAAGCUUCACGGACCAGAGGGAUGUAGAAACGGGUCCCAUCGAGAUGGAACCUUUGCCAACGCCCGAAUUUGUCAAGAGUGAAGAAGAAUAUGACAGCAUCACCUGUCUGUAAAUGAAGACUUUACGUGUUUGCUCAGAACAGUGCCUUCAGGAGAUGUGCUAGUUGAUGUUCCUAUGACGAAGACAAUAAUCUUCUACCGAGCGGCGUCUCCACUCUGUACGCUUAGAGCGAGUUUUUCGUUCUCGAUGGCGUAAAAAUUAACUCAAAUUCGUAUGCAGUUGGAACAGCGCCCCUAACGGCAAACGUACGGAAACUUCUUGAC